CACGCAUUACUGUUACAGUUUGUACUAAUGCUAUAUGGAAAUCUAUAUAUUUUAGCUGCCUACGGACAAUUAAUCGACUUGGCGCGACUCAACUGUACUGUGGACCACCGACCACGGCGCCGCCGAUUCUAGAAGACUGGCCGCCGUUCUUUCUAACAAUAGAUUCUCGCCAAUGGCGAUCGGGGACAGUACCUCGCACUGGACCACCCUAUCAUGCCUAUCCUAGGUACCAUCCCACAACCUAAAACUGCCCGCUGCGUAAAAAAGUUUAUAUGGGUGGAUGGGAUGGGGAUGGGGAUACAAAUGUACCUCUACUGCUAUGGCAGGCUGCUGUGGUACCUUUGUGUUGUGGGUUUGGUUUGUGAGUGGUACCUUUUGUGCGUCCCCCCAGCCCCCAUCUUCCCAGAGGGGAAAUCCUGUCCUCUCCUCCAUUUGUAUUUUUAUACCACUCCGACCUCUACAUAUCUUUCUCCUCUUCCUCAUCUUCCUCCUCCUCAACCCUCACUGUCGCUUCCUCUAGCUUCUUAAUAUAUCCAUCCGUCCCCCUCGAUAGUGCAUGAAUCCAAUCAGAGUAGUGAGCCUUCAGAUACGCGCUGGUGUUGCCGCCACCCGCAUCACCCGACGUCCUACGAAAAUUGUACUGUACGAUCGAAUCGACUUUUCUUUCCCUUGACGCGCUACGCCAUUCACCUGCAUUGCCAUUAUUCACGAACACAUCUCGACUUCGCCCGCUGCAGGAAGGAAGAGAGUAGAGGAAGAAAGCGUCAGCUUACAACUUUUGCUUCCGGGCAAGUCAGCAAUCUCCGAUAUAUCUAGGACUCGAACCACGACCCUCAGGCAAGGCCUCUGGCCACACAUACACUCGUUACCAUGAGCAUGGCGUUUGAGGAGCUUCUGCGGCGGUCAGAGGGCUCGGACGAACUGCUCUUGCUCUUGAAAAUGCCGUUCAGCUCUAAUUUCCAACAAAACUCGAUAUGGGCGUCCUUUGGCACCUCCAUCGGCUUCACAGUCCUCAUCGCCGUCGCCUUCUCCCUCCUGCGACCCUAUAACUCCGUCGUCUACGCCCCGAAGCUUAAACAUGCGGAUGAAGCGCAUGCACCCCCGCCGAUGGGAAAGGGCAUUCUGGCAUGGCUGGGGCCGGUGAUAAAGACACAAGAGCAGGACCUGAUCAAACACAUGGGCCUCGACGCUGCUGUCUUCCUGCGCUUCACCCGCAUGUGCCGCAACAUCUUCCUCAGCAUCUCUGUCAUCGGUUGUGCGAUCCUCAUCCCAAUCAACCUGCGCAAAGGCACUGGCACAUCCUUCUUCGAGAAGCUGACCCCGCUCAGCACGUCUGGCUCGCCCACCUGGGCACAGGUUGUGUGCGCCUACCUCUUCAACAUAGUGGUAUCAGGCUUCCUGUGGUUCAACUACCGCAAGAUCGUGCAGCUGCGCAGACAGUACUAUGAUAGCCCGCAGUACCUAGCUAGUUUGCACGCGCGAACGCUGAUGAUCAACGAUAUCCCGAAGCCGUAUUGCACGGACGAGGGUAUUGGCCGACUUAUUGACGAGGUGGUGCCGACGUCGUCGUUCUCGCGCACGGCUAUUGCCCGCAACGUCAAGGAUCUGCCCGACCUGAUCGCGCAGCAUGAGGGCACCGUUCGCAAGCUCGAGAAGCAUCUCGCCAAGUACCUGAAGAACCCGGAUCAGCUGCCUCCCGUGCGGCCGACGUGCGCGCCCUCGAAGAAGGACCCAUCGUACGGCUCGUAUGCAAAGGGGCAGAAGGUCGAUGCGAUUGAGUAUCUCACGGGCCGCAUCCGCGACCUGGAGAUGGAGAUCAAGGACGUGAGGCUGAGGGUUGAUAAGAGGAACGCUAUGCCUUACGGUUUUGCCAGUUACGAGGACAUCGGAGAGGCGCACACCAUUGCGUAUGCGGCUCGCAAGAAGCACCCCCAUGGCACGACGAUUGUGCUUGCGCCCCGCCCUGAUGACAUUAUUUGGCAGAACAUGCACCUAGAUCAGAAGACGAGGCGCUGGAGACGUAUUGUCAACAACUUGUGGGUUACCCUCUUGACUCUCCUGUGGAUCGGGCCCAACGCCAUGAUAUCCAUCUUCCUCGUCAACUUGGCGAACCUGGGCCGCGUGUGGAAGAAUUUCCAAGCCUCCCUGGCGGCAAACACGACCAUCUGGUCCAUCGUGCAGGGUGUAGCUUCCCCAGCCGUGACCUCGCUCAUCUACCUCAUCCUACCCAUCAUCUUCCGCCGGCUAUCGAUGCGCGCGGGCGACCGCACCAAGUCCGCCCGCGAGCGCAACGUCACGGGAAAGCUGUACACGUUCUUCGUGUUCAACAACCUCAUCAUCUUCUCGGGGUUCAGCACGGUCUGGACAUUCGUCAGCGCGGUGGUUGAGAAGACGGGUAAAGGCCAGGACGCGUGGAAGGUCAUCCAGGAGGAGGACAUUGCGCGCGUCCUCUUCACCUCGCUCUGCAUCAUCUCGCCCUUUUGGGUGACCUGGCUGCUACAGCGCAACCUCGGUGCCGCCAUCGACCUCGCCCAGCUCUGGACGCUGUUCUGGAGCUCAUGCGUGCGCAAGUUCUCCAGCCCCACUCCACGCGAGCUCAUCGAGCUUACUGCACCACCGGCCUUUGACUAUGCUGCCUACUACAACUACUUCCUCUUCUACUCAACCGUGACUCUCACCUUUGCGACGAUCCAGCCCCUGGUACUCCCAGCCGCAGCCCUCUACUUCACAAUCGACGUCUACCUGAAGAAAUACCUCCUCCUCUACAUCUUCGUGACCAAAACCGAAUCCGGCGGCAUGUUCUGGCGCGUCCUCUUCAACCGCAUGGUCUUCGCCUCCAUCCUCGCCAACCUCGUCGUCUUCCUCGCCGUCUGGGUCCAAGGCGACCACACACACAUCCAAGCCUUCGCCGUCGUCCCCCUCCCCUUCCUCAUGAUCGCCUUCAAGAUCUACUGCGCGCGCACCUUCGACAAGAAGACGCACUACUACUCCCUCCGCGCCGUCGGCCGCCACGGCGACGACACCGCCGCCGCCCCGCUCAAGAACUCGCGCAAGACCGACCGCCUCGCCUCCCGCUUCGGUCACCCGGCUCUGUACAAACCCCUCACAACCCCGAUGGUGCACGCGCGCGCCCAGAGCAUCCUAGCAUCCAUCUACAGCGGCCGCCUCUCCAACUCCAACAACCCCGACGCCCACGACAUCGCCUCCGUCAGCGGCUACAGCGACACCUUCACCCUGUCUACCAUGAAAUCCCCCCAUGGUGACGCUGGGGGUCCGCCCGGCAAGUUGCAACAAAACAUCAUCCCCGGCUUCGAAGUCGUCCCCGAAUCCCAGCUCGACUUCUCGUUCUACAAGAAUCGUGCUGAGUUCGGGGAUGACCAUGGCGCAGGGGAUAUCUUUACGAGGACCCCGAAUCCGUAUGACCGCCUGGGGACUGCGGAUACGUAUCGCUAUACUGCGUCGUCGCCGGGGAGUUCGAGGGCGGGGAGUCCGGCGCCGCCGGUGCCGGGGGUGCCGAGUCAGUAUAGCCCGACCCCUCUGGGGGGGGAUUCAAGGUAUAAUACUUCGAGCCCGCCGCCGCCGUUCUCAUCAGGAGGACACGAAAGUCCGUAUAGCGCGCCCAUCCACCCAGCUUUCCGCAACAAUGAUCGCAGACGGGGAAGCGGGAGUCAGACGAGAGAGAGUCUGGUCAGGGCCGCGGCGGGGAUGCCGGAUAGUGUGCCUGUGAGCGUGGCUGUCCCGCCGGGGUUCUUGGGGGGAGGGCCGCAGGGGUAUGGCGGGUUGCCGCAGGAGGAUGCGGAUGCGGCGGAUGGGAGGGGGGAUUAUGAUUAUUACCGGGGGAGGAGGGGUGCUAGGUAA